AUGGACGCCGACAUGGUCGCCAUGAGCACAGAGAGCUCCUACGGCUACGCUCGCGGUCUCCAGCAUCAUCAUGAUCAACUCCUUGACCAGCGCGGCUUUCAGCAGCAACAGCACGGUCAUCAACAGGAAUAUCGCUUCUCCGACCAGCACAACUCUCGCUACGAUCAGCGCUUUGAUGACCAGCGUCGUUAUUAUCCAGCUGAGUCCUUUUACGGCCAGUAUGAAGAGCGCCACCAGGAUGAUGACGACUAUCCGCGUGAUAUGCUACAUCGUUCACCAUUUAAUGAUUUGGUUAUGCAUCUUCCAGAAGUCUUCAACCCAGUCUCGUACCGCCUCGAAAAACGUUCCCACAUUGCGGUUUGCAGCAAAAGCAACUACAAUUCUCCCAGAAAACCAGAUGCUCUUAUCGCAUGA